ACGUGGGUGGGAGAGGAUCAUGGCCAGCGCUGGGAAACCCCGGGGCCGGUGUUAGGAGCCGCUCGCGAUGUUGAGGUGCCUCGCGCCCCGCCAGUUGCUGUCCACGCUCCCGCUACCGCUACCGCUCGCGCCGCCCGGGAGCUGGCGGGUAACGGCCGCCGUUGUCACACGGGAGAGGCAGCUCCGCGCGCUGCCCGCCGCCCAGCUCAGGCGGAGCGGUGGAGACAGCGGCCCAUCAGCGGCGGCGGCGGCGGCCACCCUGGUGGGGACGGCGCCGCGGGCACUGCAGCCCUACCUGAGGCUGAUGAGGCUGGACAAACCCAUUGGAACCUGGUUGCUAUAUUUGCCAUGUACCUGGAGUAUUGGUUUAGCAGCAGAGCCAGGCUGCCUUCCAGAUAUGUCCAUGCUUACACUUUUUGGAAUGGGGGCAAUAUUGAUGCGAGGAGCUGGGUGUACAAUCAAUGACAUGUGGGAUAAAGACAUCGAUAGAAAGGUUGCCAGAACUGAAAAUCGGCCCAUAGCUGCUGGAGAAAUCAGUCGUUCUCAGGCUUUCGUGUUUUUGGGUGGUCAACUAAGUCUAGCGCUUGCUGUUCUCUUGUGUUUAAAUUAUUACAGCAUUGCACUUGGAGCUGCAUCGCUUGGUCUCGUAGUCAUCUACCCUCUGAUGAAGAGGCUAACUUAUUGGCCACAGUUAAUUCUGGGUCUUACAUUUAACUGGGGAGCACUUUUAGGUUGGUCUGCUGUGAAGGGUUCGUGUGAUUGGUCAAUCUGCCUUCCACUCUAUAUCUCUGGAGUCAUGUGGACAUUGAUAUAUGACACUAUUUAUGCACAUCAGGAUAAAGCAGAUGACAUUCUGGUAGGAGUGAAAUCAACUGCACUGAAGUUUCAAGAACAGACCAAACAAUGGUUAUUAGGAUUCAGCACAGUCAUGCUGACAGGAUUGACAGUGGUCGGACUAAACAGUGAACAGACGUUACCCUACUAUGUCGCUGUGGUAGCUGUUGGAGCACACCUGGCCCAUCAGAUAUCCUCACUGGACAUAAAUAAUCCUCAAGAUUGCUGGAAGAAAUUCUGUUUGAAUCGUAUAUUAGGACUAGUACUGUUUUCUGGAAUUGUGUUUGGAAAUCUAUGGAAAGGAAAGACGAAGACUGAUGAAACAGAAAAGGUGCAGAGCUGAUAUGUGAUCAGAAUCCACGUGCCAGAUUUUAAAAUAUUACAGUAAAACAAGUAAACAAUUUCAAUAUCAUACCUUAUCACCACAUAAUUUACAUAUUUUAAAACUAGUCAGGAAAGUAUAGAUUUAAAAAUAGUGUUGAAUUAUUGAUGUUUAUUAAAUAAGUAAAAAUAUACUUUAAAUUCUUAGGCUGCACUCAAAUAUUUCAAUCAUGAUGUACAUCGAAAGCUAUUGUAGUUCGUUAUCGUCUAACUUUCUAGUUGUUAAAAUAAAAUCUUUUUACAGUUUAUUUAAAACUAGCAUAAAUUAA